UUCCCAAACUAAAGCGACGUCGACGACGACGACAAAUUCAUCGGCGAUUGAAGCAAUUUCUUGAUUCCAGAUGCUUUAGGAGUGCUGAAGCAAUUAACAAUCCAUUUCUGAGCAAAUUCUUUCAGCAGAUAAAAAGAAAAUUUUGAAAAGAUGAUGUCCCCUAGGCAAAAUCUAGACGAUCGAGGAGGAGGAGCAAGUUCUUUCCAAUCAGCUAACUCUAGGCAAACUCCCUUGCAGAUAAUCCAUGUUUUUGGCAACUUCAUGAGGAUAUGGUCCGUUUACACUAUGUAUCGCUACUUGUCUCAAACAGGAGCGUCAGUUGUUCUUUUUAUUUUCAGCUGUCUUGUUCCAGCAUCAAUCCUGUUUUUAGUUUUGCAGAAGCCUUGGAAAGGCAGGCCACUCUCUAACACGCAGGUUGUACCUUCUGUUAUAAAUGGUGGUAUAACAGCUCUGUAUUUCAUAUUGUGGGGAAAAGGUGUUAAAUCUUGCGGUCCUCUUAGGGCAAUAUUAGCUGAAUACUCUGGAGCUGUUCUUGGAGUAUUAUCUGGUGUACUAUAUGGAAGUAGAGGCCAUGUUUGGAAGAAGGUAGGUGGACUUGUUGCAAUGAUGGCAUCAUUUUACUUCUUGUCUCAAGGAUGGGCCAUGGCCACAUAUUCUCCCUUUACAUUUAGUGAUAGUCCUGAUGUUGAGGUUAGGACAGAUCAAGUUGUGGGAAUGAAGAAAAUGCUAGUUCCCAUUGUUGCUGGAGUCUUGUCAGCGCUCAGAAGGGUGAUUGCAAGACGUGUCUCACUCAAAAAUCAACUUAAGAGGCGGCUUCAUGCAAUAACUAUCACUUCUGCAACUUGUUUUCUGUUCCCUGUGGCUAUGUGGGACAUGAUUAUAGGAACAACCAGCGUAGAAUUGCCAUUUUCUGCAUGGGCAUUUUCAAGCACCAUCUUCUUUGGUGUUAUGUUGAUCUUCUAUGUUGACAGUAUCGCAGAGGAGAGAUUACAUAUGGUUUUCUCUUCUCCGAGACAUUUGAUGGUCGCAGGAAUAUGCAUCAUCGUCAUGGAAAUUGUGUACAAAAUGGACUUCUCGCUCCUGGGCUUUCUGAUUUGUGUUGCAAUUUUGGGCUUUGGAAUAUAUGAAGCAACCUCAUUAGACCGAUUUCGAAAAGAUGCUCAACGGAAAUCAGAUGCAUCAAAUGGAAUUCUUGAGGAUCGAAUCGAGAUGUCUCCUCUUCCAACGUGACGUGACUAGGUAGCUCAAGCUUGUGCAUGUAAGACGCAAUGCAAUCUAGGAUUAUUCUUUAAAAAGCAAUGGGACUGGUGCAGAAGCGUUGAUCUCCGCGUCCACAUGGGUGACUAAAUAUGCCGCAGGAUAUUACAAGUAUUGCACUGCGAGCAGUGAGAAGCGCCACAAGUGUUCUAAUGUUGGGAGUGACGUAAAACCCUGCUCUCAUUGCAGACAAGUCAAGAAAACUGGAAAUACAUGCUGUGGUUGCUGUAUUUCUUGUGUCGCCCCAACCAUUUUUAUUUAGCCAACACUGGGACAGGUUGGAAGUGAGGAACCAUUGUACAAUAUAUACAUUUAGUUUCCUCGUUUUGCUAUUCUCUCAUCCUCCUCUCCCCCCCCAACCCAACACAAAAACACACACACACGCACACAACCCCUUCCUGUUGCCAACCAAAACUUUUCUGUUGAAUUUCCCCAGUGUUUAAACAUUGAAUGUCUUGUCCUAUCGCUCUAUUUUUCCUAUUCUCCAUCUGCCGGUUAGACAAUUUCAAUGCAUACCACGUUCAGAGCUUUCUUUCUA